AUGUUCCACAACACUAUUAUUCUGUCAGUACUUACAGAGUUGAACAGCACAGCACAGCACAGUACAGGACAGGACAGCACAGCUGUCACAGCACAGCUGUCACAGCACAGCACAGAACAGGACAGCACAGCACAGGACAGGGACAGCACAGCACAGCACAGGAUAGCACUGCACUGCACAGCACAGGACAGCACAGCACAGCACAGGACAGCACAGCACAGCACAGCACAACACAGCCCAGAACAGCACAAGACAGGACAGGACAGCAAGCCAGGACAGCAAAGGACAGCACAGCACAGCACAGAAAAGUACAGCACAGCACAGGACAGCACAGGACAGGACAGCACAGGACAGCACAGCACAGUACAGCACAGGACAGCACAGGUCAGCACAAAACGGGAACCGAACGGAACGGAACGGAACAGAACUUUAACUGGAUAUAGGUGUUUUGCUGGGAGUUCCAACAUCCACGGUCGUGGGCCAAUUUCCAUUGGCGCCAAGAAACUCGCUUGA